UAGUGGUAGUACGUAGUACAAUUAAAUGAUUGUUAUUCCCAUUACUCUUUUAUAGCUUGAAUGAGUUCAUGUAUCCCUGCAUUAUAGUUAUGUUAUGCAAUGUCAUGCAUUCCACGGAUAUCCAAUACCCUGAAUCGCUCCUGCGGAAUUUGAUAAAUGUAAUCUAAUUUGAUCUGUUUUACCUACAAUUAUACAUAAGAAACCAACUAAAUGUUUGUGCUUCUGUAUUACAAUGAUAUUAUUUGCAUAUGCUUAAAAUUUUAUGAUAGACAGUGAACUCGACCGGGCUGUCAAACUUUGUUUUAAAGCAAAAUAAAAAGGUGGUAUUCAAGGAGCUUGGACAUAUGUAAUUUAAUGACGAAUAUAAUAGAUAAUAUAUGUAUUCAUAUUUCCUGCUUGUUAUCUUCCAAGUACGUUGAUAACUAAUAAAUGCUUCCUCUGGUUGGAAUACUCGGAUCCUGCGGGUUAUGAACAGUUAUGAACUAACCUCAAUAGACUGCAAAAACCUUUAAAAGUAUGGGAAACUAUAUUCCAGAUAUUGUGAUAUGCAUACUGAUAUUAUUCUCUCUGAGCAUCAUAUAUGGAACUACUCAUUUAAUUAAAACACUCACACAAAGUGAGAAGGAGAUUUUAACUUCUACUUGGUCACAUAAUUACAGCUGGAUCUUACGAUUGUGCCUAAAUUUGCUAGGUUACGCCACAUUGCUGUUGCCAGGCUAUCUGAUAUAUAAUUAUGUUCGAUGCAGCAAGUACCUGCAAAGAGGAGGAAAAGGAUGUAUAUCGAAAGUGGUUCACGCAUGCUUCCUGGGUAGUGGAGAAAAUGGACUGUUGGAUUCAGCUGCAUACGCAUCAACAUCGACUGGUACAAGUCAUGCGCAGCGCACCUUUGCACAGGAUGUGUUACUACUUACAUAUUGUUUUUUUGGAUUGCAAAUCAGUUACUUGACAUGGGGAUACUUGCAAGAAAAAAUUAUGACCCAGGAAUAUGUAGAUGCAGAUGGCAACAAAGCGCACUUUCAGAAUUCACAGUUCCUAGUAUUUAUAAAUAGAAUCCUUGCAUUUUUGAUGUCAGGAUUAUAUUUACUCAUUCGGAGACAACCUCGCCAUACAACGCCAUUAUAUAAAUAUGUGUUUUGCUCCUUAUCAAACAUAAUGAGCAGUUGGUGUCAGUACGAAGCACUUAAGUAUGUCAGUUUUCCUACUCAGGUAUUAGCAAAAGCAUCGAAGAUCAUUCCUGUUAUGAUAAUGGGUAAAAUUAUAUCCCGUACUACGUACGAAUAUUAUGAAUACGUCACAGCAGUACUUAUAUCAAUUGGAAUGACAUUAUUUAUGUUGGGCAGUGCUGAAAAUAAGGCUGGCGGAGCAACGACAUUCUCUGGUGUGAUUCUCCUAACCGGUUACAUGGUGCUUGACAGUUUCACCAGUAACUACCAAAAUGCACUUUUUAAGGAAUAUGGUGUAACAAGUGUUCAAAUGAUGUGUGCUGUCAACAUGUUUUCUUGCCUUUUGACAGCAAUGUCGCUCUUUCAGCAAUCGAGCUUUGUACUAACGAUAAUAUUCAUGACCAGGUAUCCAAGUUUUAUAACAGACUGUUUACUCAUCUCCAUAUGUUCGGCAACUGGACAGCUUUAUAUUUUUUAUACUAUAUCUAAAUUCGGUCCUGUUACUUUUGUUAUCAUAAUGACGAUACGGCAGGGUCUGGCAAUCCUGUUGUCUUGCUUGAUGUAUCAUCAUAAUAUUACAGUCUUCGGUGUAUUUGGUAUACUAUUGGUGUUUGGUGCAAUGUUCCUACGAAUUUAUUGCAACAAUCGAUUGCGUGCUAUUAAGAGACGCAGGACGGAGGCUACAAAUAUCAAAGAUUGAAAAGUAAUAAGGCGGAUCUCUGUACAGUUUAAACAAUUGUGGUUGUUUAUGAGAAGAACAACAGCUAUAUAUACAAUUUUUGAAUCUUGAGUUUGUUCGACGAUUUACAUAUCUGAUUGAAACAAUGACGAACUUGAUAACGAUCUUUAUUUAUUAUGGUUACUCAAAUGGACUUUAAAGUAUCAAAUUUUGAUAGAUAACAAGGUAUCUCUUAUUAACUUUAUUAUGAAGAUUAAUCAUAUCGAUGUGACUACAAUGUUAUAUUUUCAUUGUGUACUUAGAUAGAAAAUACUGUAUUCUCAUAUAUGAAAUACUGGAUCGUACGAAGAUAUACUUAUUUACGUUAAAGCUUGUUUUUAGCUAUGGUUCUUCAUUGGUAUUUUAGAGAUUCAGUAAUUUUAACUAUGCUUAAAUUAUUUAUGUGGACCAAUCAGAAUCUUAUUUUUUCCAUUAAAUAUAUUUAUUAUUUAUCAUUUAUGACUAGAAGAAAAGUUAUAUUUGAACUACGAGCUAUUGCUUUUUCUUGGACUUUAAGCAUUGAAUAUUGCGCUAAGGCAUUUAAGAAGAUAAAACACAAAGUUUGUAGAUACAAGGCUGAAAAAUAGAAUUUCAUUUUAUUUUUCGAGCAUAGCAGAUUUUACUGUUUUGUGUAGCGUCGUAGUUAAACAUCUGUGGUAUGUAUAUUAUGAAAGUGGGCGAUUUGUUUGCCACGUGGUAUGCAAAUAUGAUAGUGCAUUGACAACGUGUAACUGUUCAACUGAUUAAUAAAAGAACAACAAACAACUUGU